AUGUCGUCCUUCAUGCAUGGGUCAUUGUCCCCACGACAAGGGCCAACGUCACCUGCAGCUAACACAGCAAACGAAGAUAACUCUGGUUUAACACAGUCGUUAAGCCAGCUUUCUUUGACCAACGAGCCAAAAACAUUAAAACCAAUCCCGAACCAAAGAGCAGCAGCUUCCGGGACGCCUGCCAAACCUGUACCUCGAAGAUCAUCCUCAGUAUCCUCAACGUCGGCUCGUCCUCGAACGCCAUCUCGUAGCCCUUCUAAUGGCCCUGGAUCUAGAAGAGCCUCCCACGCUGGGACACCACCUCUGCUUCGCAAAGCCUCCAUGAACUCGCUGCACUCUGCCAAUGGCACUGCUCCCGGAAGACCUUUGGCCAGGCGGUCGAGUUCGUCGCAGCUAAUGUCAACAUCGCCAGUUACCAAAACUGCCCCUGAGGAGAAACCUCCGGUGACGGCCAAAAGUAUUGCGAGCAAUUACUUCGCUGCUGAGCUUGCGGCGCACCAUGGCGCUGCUACAACGUUGCCGACAGAUACGGUUAUCAUUCUGAAUGACGCAGUUUAUGGGCAUAGAUUCUCCCGCCCUCGAACCUCUCGGAAUGCGCUGAGCACGAUUGUGGAGCGACCCGAACGUAUCAAAGCCGCUGUGCUUGGUAUAUCAACAGCAUACGUGCGAUUGGGCGGGCGACACUGUCAGGGAGACCUGCCUAUUCACCCCAAGAGAAAUAUCGCCGAUAUUGCAAGCAUUCCGUUCCGUAUUCACAAGACGACUAGACGGUUGUCUCUUUUGUCCCCCGCUGUCACUAAUGUUCAUGGCACUAAGUGGAUGGAAGAACUGAAACUCAUGUGUGAUUCGGCGGAAUCCAUAUUGGCCAUGGGAGGAAAGGAACUUCAGCGACCGGAUAUUCCCAGAGGGCCAGACCACAAUGCGCCGCAAAAGCUCCAUGAAGGUGAUUUGUAUUUGUGCGAGGAAUCUCUCGACGCCAUGCAAGGCGCCUUGGGCGCAGUGUGUGAGGCGGUUGAUACCGUUUUUGGCCCUGGCCCUCGUAAGGCAUUCGUUGGCGUAAGACCUCCCGGUCACCAUUGUUCGGCUUCUCAUCCUUCUGGUUUCUGCUGGGUAAACAAUGUUCAUGUGGGUAUCAUGUAUGGCGCACUUCAGCAUGGCCUUACACACGCAGCUAUAAUCGACUUUGACCUUCAUCAUGGUGACGGCUCACAAGCGAUUACCUGGCAACAUAACUCCCGGGCCAAUACUGCAAACAAGAGCCAUGCACCCUGGAAGCGGACGUCAAUAGGCUACUUCAGUUUACAUGAUAUUAAUUCCUAUCCCUGUGAGAUGGGUGAUGAAGAGAAGGUGAAAAAUGCGAGUUUGUGCAUAGAUAAUGCACAUGGGCAGUCCAUCUGGAAUGUUCACCUGCAGUCGUGGAAGACGGAACAGGAGUUCUGGACUCUGUACGAAACCACAUAUACUGUUUUGUUAGAGAAGACGCGGAAGUAUCUGCAAAACGAAGCAGCCAAACGUCGUGCCACAAACCAAGUGCCCAAGGCAGCCAUCUUCUUUUCUGCCGGAUUCGAUGCUAGCGAGUGGGAGAGCGCAGGAAUGCAACGUCACCAAGUCAAUGUCCCAACAGAAUUCUACGCCAGGCUUUCCCGAGAUGUAGUGAAACUCGCGGCGGAGGAGGGAUUGGCUGUGGAUGGUAGAGUGAUCAGUGUUCUCGAGGGCGGGUAUAGCGACCGUGCCUUGUGUUCCGGAAUCUUGAGUCAUUUGAGUGGCAUGGUUGGCUGCCAGAGCCCAGUGAAGACGGAGCAAGAAUCGAGCGGCCUCGCAUACGAGAUGGGCCAAAGGAUUGGGACUCUUAACUUGGACCAGGAGGCUGCAUUGGUGGACAAUCUUGAAUCAAAUUGCUCUUACAACCCGUCAUGGUGGGCAAGCGCCCAGCUUGAUCUCCUCGAAGAACCAGAGGAGUCUCCAACAAUACCAAGAAAGCCGCGCACAUCUACUCCUCCCACUUACUCGUCACCGACACAGUCUUCAACUGCCAGAGUCGUCGAUCCAGUUAGGAUGAGGAACAGCCUCUCCAGUUUGUCUACUGGCUACUCAAAGGUACCCCAGCGUCCAGCGUCGCCUCCACCCCCUGAAGUGGCUUGGGACGUUGCCGCCAAGGCACUGUGCAAAGUUCUGAUACCGUCAGAUCGUCAAACAGACAGCUGCACAGCAGAAGACCUAAACGCAGAAGCAUCACGAGCUCGGCGAGAUCGCCAGUCCAUUCUGCUUGGAAACCCACCGCCGACGCCGACCGGGUCUGACCGACCAUCCUCCAGAAUGUCACUACGCGAGCGAAAAUCGAGGCCCAUUGGCCCCAUUGAUGAAGAGAUGAGCGAGGUGCUACCGAAGACGAGGAGAAAGCCCACGAGCACUCCAAUAUCUUCCCCAGUAAAGGUCGCACGAGGCACGCCUCAGCCAGUUGGGAGCCAGUCUGCGAGAAGAUCAAGUCGACGUCUCAGUGCGGCGUCUACAAGUUUGUCCCCCCCUAGGGAGGAACCUCCUCCAGUGCCUCCCAUCCCGGCCACAGCGCCCGGCCCUAGCCGAACAACUAGCCGGCCAAAUUCUAGGGCGGGCAGAACACAAAGCAGCAAUAAGGUACCUGUGAAGAAAACCCAAGCAGUACCUCCUCGCACAGAACCACCUCUCAAGGGGGCUCGAGGCGCGAGAAGAGUGAGCACGCCAGCUAGGUCGACUAAACAGUCUGCUGUUGGAGCUGAUACCCCGACUCCGGCUACUGGACUUCCGCUUAAUGCGGCAGCCGCCGGUGAUGAUGCCAAGACCGACAUGGACAAUUUGGCCAACGGCGUGAAGAAGAUCAAAAUCAACCUAAUCACAAAGUCACAAAAAGAUGCCAAGCAGAAAGCUAAGUUGGAUCAAAACAAAGCCACUGCGGCACCUGCUCGUAAACCCGGGCUGGAUGCGAGUAUUGUCAAAUCGGAAAAGCCCCCUACACCAGAAGGCAUGUCCUCGAUACCUACGGGCCCUGACCCUGAGGUGUCUUCAGAUCAACAUGCGUCGGCGGCUUCUGGGCAGCGGCACCCCCCUCCUGCACCAUCAACGCCAUCACUGAGUGGAGGAGUGUCAACUCCUGUCGAAGAACUGUAUGCAUCUAGCACGUCAUCCCCAACACCGGUUCCUUCGAUUCCCGCGGAAAGCUCCCCCGACGUACCGCACGUCACUAUCCAACCGGCUAGCGACGCUGGCGAUAUAUUUAUCCCCUACCAGCCGGAAGGACCUGAGCCUGUUAUCACGGGGCAGCAAGAACCUUUGAAAUGGCUUCCCCCUAACAUACCGACACCAUCAGCCGCAACUCCAGUAACGACACCUGCGCCUAGUGCAAAACCGAAGCAAAACAAUUUGUUUCACUACACAUCUGGCAUUCCGUUUGCACCAAGACCAGAUUCAAAGUUACAGGAAAGACCAGGAUCGGCGGUCGGAUCACAAUUCAGAGAUGAGAACCAGCGGGAGAUGGAGCAGACAGCACAAUCAUCAUGGCAAACGUCACAAGCACCGCAACAAUAG